AUGCGUGUGAUCGGCAUGCUUGUUUGCCUUUUGGCUGUUGGCACUGUUCGGGCCAGCGUUCACAUGCCCAGCGUCUUCUCCGACAACAUGGUGUUGCAAACCAAUGCCGCUUAUGGUGCUCGUGCCUUCUUCUACGGCACGGCCAACCCCAAUGAACGCGUCAUUAUCAACAUGACCGGCGUGAACAGAGCCGUGUAUGAGGUGACGGCCGACGCCAAUGGUGAUUGGAAAAUUACCUCAAAUCCUCUUCGCGUCACCGAGGAUACUGAAGCGUUCACGGUAACGGGUGAAGAUGGUGAUCCCAUUAUUGCCCGCAACGUCUCCGUCGGUGAGGUCUUUCUUUGCUCUGGCCAAAGCAAUAUGGUCUUCCCCGUCGCCCUCUCUCUCAACUCGUCCGCGGAGGAGAAGGACGCUGAAAACUGGCCUCAAUUUCGUUUGUUCCUUGCCUCCCUGGUUGCCAAACCCACCGAGCAAAAAGACGUGCCUGGAAAAUGGGUUCGCAACACGCCCGGCAACGUCUCUGGCUUCAGCGCCGUCUGCUACUUUACUGCCCGCGACACCAUGCGUCUUCUCGGAAACACGGGUCCCGUGGGCUUGGUGCAGAUCGCUUGGGGUGGUACCCGUGUCGAGUCCUGGAUGUCGCCGGAAGCUCUUGCGGCCUGUCCCAACCCACCGUCCUCUGGUCAGAACAAGCAGAAUACCCCAACGUACCUGUGGAAUGGUAUGGCGGCACCCGUCAUCCAAAUGUCCUAUCGAGCCAUGCUAUGGUAUCAGGGCGAAGCCAAUGCCGCUGGUUCCAACUCCACGGCCUACUACAGUUGCAAUUUUCAGAGCAUGAUCGCCGACUGGCGCCGCCGCGCGGGAUACGGCGACGUGGCCUUCGUCUUCAUGCAGCUGCCCCCCUCAGUGGAUGCCAGUGCUCCCAUUGACAGUGUCACCGGGCGAAACGAGAUCCGUGCUGCUCAAGCACAGUCUCUCCCGCACCCCGAAGCCGAGACAGACAUCUCCGGAAUGACCGUAGUCAUUGAUCUCGGUGGCAUCUCAGCCUGGGGCGUCGAUCAUCCGCCCGCCAAGAACAUCAUGGGUCAUCGCAUGGCGCUUCAGGUCCUGCACGUGGCCUAUGCUCAACAACAACAAUGGAACGGCACACUACGCUACACGGGGCCACUUUUGGAGAGCGUGACCACCUCUGACAGCGAGACAGCCGUCAUGUUUCAAGACUGGUCUGCCGAGGGCCUGUACUUCCAAGGGCCCGUCAACUGCACGACGUGCUGUGCCCAGACUCCUUUUGAGGCAAGCCUUACGCUGUUUUUAUUGCAACACGUGCUGCCUGUGGGCGCUUCCAACUGGUCAUGGAUGAACGGCAGCAUCCAAGACAACAAAAUUGUUUUUGCUAAAGGAGACAUAGCCGAGGUUCGCUAUGCCUGGACAGACUUUGUACAGUGCGUGCUCUUUAACAAGGAUGGCUUGCCAGCGGCACCUUUCAGUGUCAACACCACUGCUACCGCCAG